AUGGCGCCGGUAGGUCGGCUGCUGGUUCUGUGCGAGGAGAAGAUCCGGGAAAGGAGCGGCCUGGCGGCUCACCGGGACCUGGCUGACCUUCAAUCAUUAUCUAUUCCUGGGACAUAUCAAGAAAAGAUUACACAUCUAGGAAAUUCUUUGGUGAAGCUAACGGGCCUAAAGUUUUUAGAUCUCUCACGCAACUCAUUGGUCAGUCUAGAGGGCAUUCAGUACCUGACCUCACUGGAAAGACUCAACCUCUACUACAACUGCAUUUCCUCCCUAACAGAAGUGUUCCGGCUGCACUGCUUGCUGGAUCUCACGGACGUGGACUUCCGGCUGAACCCCGUCGUGAAGAGAGAGUCUCAUUACCGCCUCUUUGUUGUGCACAUGCUCCCCAACCUCAGGCAGCUAGAUGACCGCCCCGUGAGGGACAGCGAGCGGAAAGCAUCCCAGCUGCACUUUGCUUCGGAGGAGCUGCUCGACUCCAGCUGUGAUGUCCCAGAUGCUUCAGAAGUUAGAAGACCCCACCACUGCAGAGCCAAACAUGCUGACUCCUUGCCCAACGCAGCCGUGGAUGUUGAUGACGAGGCCGUGCUGAACCUCAUUGCAGAGUGUGAGUGGGACCUCAGCAACCCUCCUGGGAGUUCCAGCCGAAGGGAGCAGGGUGCGGACUUCCCCAGCUCACAAGAAUCCAGGUGUGUGUUGAGUCCACUGUUGAUGCGGUAUCAGUGUGGGGACUCGGCCCCCAGGGGACCUGAGAGGAAGAAGAGUGGCCCCAGAGGGUGCUUCCCUGGCCAGCAGCCACGAGGCCACUGCCUCGGCGAGGAGCCCAGCACCCAGCCCGCAUACCUGCAGCACUUCGUCUUCACCUCUCAACCAGGCUCCACAGACCUCGACGUCUCGGUCACAACUUCACCCAAGUCUAGCGGGCCAACCGAGAAGACAGUGCAUCCCACCUCACUCCUUUCUGAGAAGUACAGGAAGCGAAGAGCUCCUGGUAGGAGGUUCCAAGUGCCGCUGGACCAGGAGUGCCUGGACUAUGAGGCAGCUGGUGGGUCCCCUCACUCUGAGGACAGUCUGGCCAGGCCUGAGGGCUCAGAGAGCACCUGUGAGAAGAUCGGUCCCCACCCUGAAGAGGCCGAGGCAGAGGAGCUGCAGCCACCCAACACCAGUGUUGGCAGAGAGUGCCUUGACGUGACCUGUCUCUCCUUGCAGCUCUGCUCAUCCCUGCCUGGGAAGACAGCAGCCUUGGAGACAGCUCUGCUGGAGGCCCUCCUGGACCUGGUAGACAGGCACUGGGGUGGCCGCAGGUCCCUGCACAGCAACAAGACCUUUCUGGCUCAGGUGCGACACAUCCUGUCGGCGGUGCAGGCACUCACGGCAGCACAGGAGCAGGUGACUCUGUCCGGUGAGGCACUGGGCCGCCUGGCCCUGGAGAACGAGGUUCUGCACCAGCAGCUGGCUGGGCCGCCGCCCCAGCACGCUGCCCAGAUGGGUGAGGCACACCUGGAGCUCGAGGCUGCCCGCAGAGAGACGGAUGACCUGAGGCAGCGUCUAGAGAAGUGUCUGGAGGAGAAUGGCAGCCUCAAGUCCCUGCUUUCCAGCAUUGAGAAGGAAGCCAAGAGUGUGGAAGCCACAACUGCACUGAGCAUGCAGCUUGCUGGACUGCAGACGAGUGUGAAGAGGCUGUCGGAUGAGGUUGUGCAGCUCAGACAGCAUCUGGAGCACUACGACAAGAUCCAGGAGCUCACCCGGAUGCUGCAGGAGAGCCAUGGCUCCCUGGUCAGCACCAACGAGCACCUGCUGCAGGAGCUGGGCCGCACGCGGGCGCAGCACCGCGCCGAGGUGGAGCAGCUGCGCUGGAGCUACCAGGAGCUUAAGAAGACUAUGGCCCUGUUCCCUCAGCGCCGCGCUGAGCCCGAGCCUGGGGGCAGCUAA